CUCUGUCAGUUCUGGUGCAUUCCUGGAGUUUCUAAUCAGCCUAAAUGGCCCAUUCUCUGCUGCUUCGCUGGAUCGUGCUACAGCUGUAUAUAGCACACGGUGUGUCUGACACGACAGUGAGAGCGAAGGUGGGGCAGUCUGUCAAGCUACCCUGCACCUACAGCGUUAGUCAAGAGCGUGACCUCUAUGUCAUGUGCUGGGGCCGGGGGAUCUGUCCGUCAUCUAAAUGCAGCAGUGAAAUUGUUCGCACUGAUGGGCAGAAGGUGAUAUCUAAACAGUCUGGCAGAUACCAACUAAAGGGUCCUAUCACCAGAGGGGAUGUGUCUCUGACUAUAAGCAAUGUGGACCACAAAGACAGAGGGGAUUACUGCUGCCGCAUAGAGAUCCCUGGAUGGUUCAACGAUAUAAAACGAAACCUGCAUUUGCAGAUUUACAGACCACUCACUACUCCUGCAAAGACAACCACGUCUGCCCUUCCAACACCCACUACUCCGCCCCUGAUAACCACUGUUGCACUCCCAACACCCACUACUCCCGCAACAACAACCACAACUGCACUCCCAACAACCUUUCCUUCCCUGACAACCAUUUUUCAGACAGCUUCUGUGUGCAUUGAAGAUGAUGAUUCCAAUUUUUUCACAACAGAACAUGUUCUCCCUACUGCAGAAUCACCAACUACAGUUCUGAUCUCCGAGAGGACUGAAAAUGUCGAUUCUGCUUUCAUUACAGAAGGUGUUGUUCUCAGUACAGGGACAGUUCCCCCAGUUACCGUCCAGACAGCCGAUGAGGCGAGUCAAGUGAAUGCUAUUUCUGAUGCUACAUUUCCCUUGACACCUGCGAGAGGCUUGGUGAAAGAGGGACUCGAUGAAGAGACUUCAACAGAUUCAGAACUCCGGUCAGAGGAAAGUGUAGAUAAUCCAACACAGCACCUACAGAAUGAAAUUCCAACAGUAAUCAUCAGUGUGGUAGUGACAGUCAUUGUUCUCUUCACAUUCCUGCUUGUACUGUUAUUGACAUAUAAACGCUCGAGGAAGUAUCAACUGCAUAUGAUAAAAAGCUCAGACUCAUCUGGAGAACAAAUUCCCAAUGGAGUGGAAGAAGAGAAUACCCUUUUCACUCUGCAGCAGAUACCUGACAGCCAUUCAGUAUCACAGGGAACAUGUCACGGUCCUGUGGAAUCCAGCAUCUAAAUGAGGGUCUUUCAUGCUAGGCUGGAAAAUAAGGAUUAAAUCCUUGCUAACCCUGGUAAUAAU